AUGCUGAUCCUGUUCCAGGGAUAUGUGGCUGUCAAUAACUUUUUCGACACGAAGACGGAACUGGACCCGUGUCGCGAUGCUAUUUCUGUCAUGGUGGACCAGCUAGCCGACAAGCUUUAUGACGCCGGCAAAAUCAAAGGUAGCCGUUUAUCCUUCAACUGGAUUUUAAAGCACAUGAAUACAAGGGCCUUCUGUGAUGUGUGGAGGAACGAGAGGAUUCUGAACAUGGUGGAACAGUUGUUAGGGCCAGAUAUCGCUGGACAUCCAGUUUGGAACCUCAGGACAAAAACUCCUAGGAGUGACGCUAUCAGCAUCCCAUGGCAUCAAGACAGUGCCUAUUUCAGUAACGAGUCUUACGACCACAUGAUAGUUACCGCCUGGGUGCCUUUCCUGGAUGCCAUACCUGGAAACGGAUGCAUGCAGGUUGGUAAGGACGACCCAAGGAUGGUUGCCCGCAGGCACCCGUAUACCCUAAGCCAGGGGGAAAUGGAGGCUGGAAACCAGCCCCCUGUCCAGCAAACCCAAAAUCUGGAGGGAAACCCCCAGGUUAACUCCGGGCCGGACCUAAUAGGACCGGGUCUGGGUAACUGA